CCAAAAGGGCUGAAGUCGACACUUACGAACACCGCUGCAAAAGAAACCGGCUUCUGGGGCUUUGGUGGAACCGCCGUUUGGGCCCCAAUCCCUUGGCCGGUAAUAGAAACACCGAGGCGACAAUCCAGAGAACGCCUCCGAGAGGGGAGGGCCCGCGACGCAGGCGCCCUCCUCGCACCUCCAUGCGGAGCCGCGCGCCGAGCGCCCCACGUCUGCGCGCCGCGAGGGCCGGGCCGGGCUGACACCACUUCCUCCCCAGCCGCCGACCCGAGCCGGGGCGCAGCCCGCGCUUCGCGAAGCCUCCCGGCCGCCGCCCCGAAGCUGCCCCGCGCACGAGUCUCCGCCAAGUGCCCGCGCGCCCCGAGCAGCCGUCGAGGUGCUAAUACAUGAACUGUUAUCCAUUGAGUUCCAAUAGUUGAACUGUUAUCCAACCGUAGCACUGUGCCAGCUACUGGGAGAGAUGGGUGAGUCAAACGAAGAUAUAGACCAAAUGUUCAGCAAUUUGCUGGGAGAGAUGGAUCUCCUGACUCAGAGUUUAGGAGUCGACAUUCUCCCUCCUCCAGAUCCUAAACCGCCCAGAGCUGAAUUUAACUACAGUGUGGGGUUUAAGGAUUUAAAUGAGUCCUUAAAUGCACUGGAAGACCAAGAUUUAGAUGCUCUCAUGGCAGAUCUGGUAGCAGACAUAAGUGAAGCUGAGCAGAGGACAAUCCAGGCCCAGAAAGAGUCCCCUCAGAAGCAGCCUCCUUUAGCAUCCCUGUGUGUGCCAAGUUUCAGUGAUACAGCCUCUCUUGGUUAUGGAGCAAAUGUUGCUGCACCGAGUCAGUAUGAUGAUGACUUACCACCUCCACCAGCUGAUCCAGUGUUAGACCUUCCGCUGCCACCACCCCCUCCAGGACCCAUCUCUCAGGAAGAAGAAGAAGCUCAAGCCAAGGCUGAUAAAAUAAAACUGGCAUUGGAAAAACUGAAGGAGGCCAAGGUCAAGAAGCUUGUUGUCAAGAUACUUAUGAAUGAUAACAGCUCGAAGUCACUGAUGGUGGAUGAGCGGCAGUUAGCCCGAGAUGUUCUCGACAACCUUUUUGAGAAAACCCACUGUGACUGUAACGUGGAUUGGUGUCUUUAUGAAAUAUAUCCAGAGCUGCAAAUCGAAAGGUUUUUUGAAGACCAUGAAAAUGUUGUUGAAAUCUUAUCAGACUGGACAAGAGACACAGAAAAUAAACUGUUAUUUUUGGAGAAAGAGGAAAAGUAUGCUGUAUUUAAAAACCCCCAGAAUUUUUACCUGGAUAACAAAGGAAAAAAAGAAAACAAGGAAACAAAUGAGAAAAUGAAUGCGAAGAACAAGGAAUCCUUGCUUGAGGAGAGUUUCUGUGGAACAUCCGUCAUUGUGCCAGAACUCGAGGGAGCUCUGUAUUUGAAAGAAGAUGGGAAGAAAUCCUGGAAAAGGCGCUAUUUUCUUUUACGAGCUUCUGGAAUUUAUUAUGUCCCCAAAGGAAAGACUAAGACAUCUCGAGAUCUGGCCUGUUUUAUACAGUUUGAAAAUGUCAACAUUUACUAUGGGAUUCAGUGUAAAAUGAAAUACAAAGCACCCACUGACUACUGCUUUGUUCUAAAGCAUCCCCAGAUUCAGAAGGAGUCCCAGUAUAUCAAGUAUCUGUGCUGUGAUGAUGCCAGAGCGCUAAGCCAGUGGGUCACGGGAAUCAGGAUCGCCAAGUAUGGGAAGACGCUCUAUGAUAACUAUCAGCGGGCCAUGGCCAGGGCAGGGCUUGCCUCUCGGUGGACCAACCUGGGCACAGUCAACGCAGGGCCACCAGCCCCGCCUUCCACAGGAGUUAAAACAGGCACCACCCAAGCCAAUGGUCAGCUCCCCCAGGCAACACAGUCUAUGAAUACUGCUCUCGGAGAAGACUGGAGACAGCUUGAAACAACCAAGGACAAGAAGCCCGGCCCCGGCCUCGGCAGCCACGACCCCGGAGUGCCCAGGGUCCAGCCCCUUCCCAAGUCCAGCCUGCCUCCGCCCCCUCCUCCCGUGCGCCGGUCCUCGGACGUGGGCGGUGGCAGCCCCGGGACGCCCCCCAAGGCCAAGGGCGCGGCCGCUCGCUUCCCCGCCCCGCCCGACGACCUCCUGCCGCCGCCCCCGCCGCCGCCGCCGCCCCUGCAGGACGACGAACUCCCCCCGCCACCCCCCGAUUUUAACGACGCGCCCCCGGACUUCGUGCCGCCGCCGCCACCCCCACCCGCCCUCGCCCCCGAAUCCGUGAGGACGCCCCCGGUUGUCGUCAAAAGGCCGCCGCCUCCGCCAAAGAGGCAGGAAAACCCAGGACCACCGGGCGGGGGAGGCGGGGAGCAAGAUUUCAUGUCGGAUCUCAUGAAAGCUUUGCAGAAAAAGAGAGGCAACGUGUCCUAAAGGGAAGCUUAGAAAUACCUUUGGGUGAUGGGCGUAACAUUGUUAACCUGAAGUGCAUUUUUGCUAGUUUGUUUCCAUGACAUCUUGUUCAUUUUAGAUACAGUAUUGACGUAUUCAGACUGGAAAUGCAAAUGUAAACUCCCAGUUGCUCAAGUACAUUAGUAAUCCUUAACCUGCACAGAAUUGAGACUAUCUACGUCAAUGUACGUUAUCUUUUCUGUGUAUUUACAUCUCGAUAGAUUUUUGUCUUCCGUUUUUGUUCUGAACCAUCAAAUUAAUAAAAGUUUAAAAUGUUUUAUCUGAAAA